AACUUUCUGGUUCAAAAUGAGUUACUACCACGACGAUCUGGAUGAUGAGGACAAGAAACAGUACAAACAGUACGAGAUCCGCGAGGGAAUUGUCUUUCUCAUUGAAGUCAGUCCUGCGAUUCUCGCUCCGCGAUCUGAGCUUAAAGGCAAGUCUCAGUUGUUUGAAAUCCUCAGCUCCAUAAACCAAUUGAUGACCGAAUUGAUCAUCACUAUGCGUAGUACGGGAGUAGGUGUAUAUUUGUAUAAUUGUUCAAAGAUUGGCUCCCUCCGACUGAUGAAAUCUACGCCUGGCUUCAAUCGAUUGUUCCGCUUGAACUAUUUAAACCUUUCCAACAUGAAGCUAUUGAACGAUAUCAUCCAGGACGAUAUUUCCGGUGUCAGAAAGCUAGAUUAUCAUGUCAAGUACGAAAAACCGGCAGAGCUGGAGAACUUGCCGGCUAUUUUUAAUAAAAUAAUUGACGAAUUGAACUACAAGAAAGAGUUCAAUAGAAAAAAAGUGCUUUGGUUUACUACAAACGACAAGCCAUACACCAAGAACUCGACCAAAGAGAACUUGUGGCGUAUUAUCAACGAUUACUAUAACUAUGGCUACUUUAUUCGUCCAAUUUUUCUAUCGGACUCGUCUUCUAACUUCAAUAUGUCGUUGUUUCAGGAUAUCUUCUUGAACACUAAUUACUUGAACAAAGACGUUCAAAACGAUCAAACAGAUCGGGACAAUGUCCAAAUACGGAAAAACCCUCUAGCUUUCAAGGGAUUCAGGAGCGAUUCUACCAUAUUCAAAAAGACAGUCGUAGGAGACCAGAUCAGAAAGAGUAUAUUUCGUGUGAAGGAAGUUAGACGUAUCCAGUUCGCUUGUGACUUAAUUCUUAGCGACGGGGCAGAUGUAGGAGGCAUGCUCGGAUGUUCAGUCAAAGGUUAUACCCUCUGUUCUCAUGAGAAAUACAAAAAAGACCUCAUGUUAUACACCAGAGGCGAGACCUUGAAACGGGUCUUUGUAGACUCCAAGUUACUAGAUCUGCAGACUGGUGAACCCGUAGAAACUCAAGGCUCCAAAACUGUAUCUGGAAACGAUGUGGAUGAAGAAGAGGAAAAUGUAGGGUCCCAAAAAUUGGCAACUCUCAGGGGUCAUCCUAUCUCUGGUGGUGAGGUUUUGUUGCUCAAUGAGGAAAUCGCCCAGUUCUUAUCAACUUCUGCAUUUGACCAUACACCAGAUGGUACCAACGUUGCGGAUAAAGACGAUGAGGAUGAGUUGGAGAAUGAAGCAGAAGAAAAGCCUGCUGUUCCUUUUACUAAGCCUCCAUACUUGAAGUUGCUUGGUUUCAGAGAUCUAGACAGAUUCAACCCAGCCUAUAACUCUCAGUCGGCCAUCUUUGUUUCUCCGGAUUUGAGCGACGGAUUACAAACUAAUUCUUCUAAGGGUGGGUUCCAGAAUUCUUUCACGACAUUUUCCUCGUUGUACCAAUCAUGUGUCAGACUUAAGAAGUAUGGCGUGGUAUUUGGUUGUAUACGUCCAAACGCAAAGCCAUCAAUGUAUGCGCUUUAUCCUACAAGAGUAGAGAAUUCUAUGCGCAAAAUCGACGAUGGACCUGAUUUCCCUGAAGGGUUCAUGUUGAUCAGGACUCCCUGGUUGGACGACAUACGUGGUUUGCCUAAUCACUUCCUUGAGAAUACGGCCAACCAGUUCACCAGCGACGAAGAUGACUUGACUGUAGACGCUGAUCUUGUUUAUGACAUCAAGAAGUUGUCGCACACGUUUUUCUACGAUAGUUACAAUCCCAACAAUUUCCCAAGUCCUUCUCUAAACUACUUCUACAAGAUUAUCAAGCAUGAUUUGCUCCAGAUCGAGUUGUCAGACGAAGACAGAAAACUUGUCAACAACGAUGCUUUAGCCAGACAGCUCGAUGUAAUACGGGCGCAUUUACAGAGCAACCCAGAAAGUGCGGAGUUGUUUCGUGACUUGAAUUCCAGAUUGACAGAAAUUGAUAGCCGAGCUCCAAAACGAGGACUUGAAGAAAGUAGUAAGCCAACAGCAAAACGCCCGAACGUCCCUGAGUUGGACGAAGAAGCCGUUUUGGUGGCCUGGAAGAAUGACGAGUGGCAUCGCUUUACAGUGGCACAGCUUAGGGGUUUCCAGAGAACCUACAAGGAUCACAUUAAGCUGGCUACCAAGAAACAGGAUUUGGUAGACAAUAUCAAGGCAUUCUUAGAAUCAAAAGAGAAACUGUCUCUGAAAUAG